AGGCGCGGGCGGGCUCCCCGCAGGUGCGGGCGCCAUGCGGGGCUCGGCGGCCCCGCAGCUGCCUCGGGCCGAGCCGGGGCGCUCCCGGCCGAGCCGGGCCGUUACCGGGCCGGGCCCGGCGCACCUCCGCGGGUGCGGAUUAUAAGGGGCCCGCUCUCUCCGCCCCCGAGCCCGGUCUCCCUCCGCCCCCGCCCGCGCUCCCCACCCCUUUCCUCCGGCCGCGGAGAAGGGCAUGGAGUUGGCGGGAGCCUAUAAAAGCCCCUGAGCGCCCCGCCGCCCGCACGGCGCUGCGGCAGCCUGGGCGCACCGAGCCGGCCCGGGGGCACCAUGUCCCACCACUGGGGAUACGGCAGUCACGACGGACCCGCGCACUGGCACGAACACUUCCCCAUCGCCAAUGGAGAGCGCCAGUCGCCCAUCGCUAUCAGCAGCAAGUCCGCCAGGUACGACGCCUCUCUGAAGCCUCUCAGCUUCAGUUACGAUGCCGGCACUGCCAAAAACAUCGUCAACAACGGGCACUCCUUCAACGUGGAGUUCGACGACUCUUCCGACAAGUCAGUGCUGCAAGGGGGAGCACUGGAUGGAGUCUACCGGCUGGUGCAGUUUCACAUUCACUGGGGAUCCUGUGAGGGCCAAGGGUCUGAGCACACUGUGGAUGGUGUGAAGUAUGAUGCAGAGCUUCAUAUUGUUCACUGGAAUGUAAAAUAUGGAAAAUUUGCUGAAGCUGUGAAACAUCCUGAUGGUUUGGCUGUAGUAGGCAUCUUCAUGAAGGUAGGGAAUGCCAAACCUGAAAUACAGAAAGUUGUUGAUGCUCUGAACUCCAUUCAAACCAAGGGGAAGCAAGCUUCUUUCACAAACUUUGACCCUACUGGACUGCUUCCUGCAUGUCGAGACUAUUGGACAUACCCUGGCUCCCUGACCACUCCACCACUGCUGGAAUGUGUGAUCUGGCAUGUUCUGAAGGAGCCCAUCACUGUCAGCCCUGAGCAGAUGUGCAAACUCCGUGGCCUUUGCUUCAACGCUGAGAAUGAGCCCGUGUGCCACAUGGUGGACAACUGGCGCCCAUGUCAGCCUUUGAAGAGCAGAGAAGUCAGAGCUUCCUUCCAGUAACCUCAGCACUCAGUGUGUUAGGAAUUGCUGUGUUUGUGAGGAACCCUUUUUGCUAAGCACAAAUCAAACCUUUGCCAUGUGUGCCCUGGCAACAUCUUGUCUCCCAGGUCCAUUCUUUCUUUUGCUCUGCAUCUAAAAUGCCAGCUAAUGAAAUGUGAAAGGUCUUGGCCAAACAGGAAUAGGUUCUUUAUGUGUGGGGCUGGGGGAAGCCUUGGGGUGGGCUGUGUGCAUUUUGAUGAAUUACUGUGACUGACAACUUUGGUAUCACAAUACAUUGGCUGUUUGGGAGAGCAUAUGGUGAUAGCAAAAUAAGCCAUUCUAAGAAACCUCAUCCACAAGUGUGGUAGUACACAUAACUAAUGAUAACUUGAAGCUUUGUCAAAAGCACAGGAAUACAGAAUAUAGAUAUGCUUUAGGAAAAAAAAAGUAUAUUGAGGAAGAAAAGUAAAAUGAAUAUUGAGAAUUAGAUUUAGAUUUUAAGCAACUGACGUAAAUAUUUUUAAGACCGUUUUACAUUUUUACCCAUGCUAUCAACAACAUUAUGUCUUAAUGGUAGUAUGUUGAAUUUUUUAAUUAAAAAUGUCCUAAAUUAAGUAUUAUCUUUAAAAAUUGUUAUUACCAUAGAAUACAAAGUAUCUUUUCAUUGAAAUAAUAUAUGCUCUAAUUUAAAGAGGGAAACAAUAAUGUAUUUUAGAUAACUUCUCUAAUAAAUCUAUACUUAUAUUUUUGCUUCCAAUCUGUUAUUUUAAUUCAGAAAAGGAGUUACUAAUCUGUUCACACCAUUGCAUAUUAAACAUAAUUAAUAAACAUUUAGGAUAUCAGGAAUGAGUUUCAAUGAUACUGAAGAUGAAUGCAAAACUAUAUGGAUGUUAGGACAUUUUCUCUAAGUAGCUGUCUGAUAGACAGCAGUAGGAAGUAGUAGUUUUGAGCCACCACUACAAACUUUCAUCGAAUUUGACCACAUAAUAAAAGAUCCCCUCACAAGAAUUUUGAACAAAAUCAUACUGCAGAACAGGCUUCUCCCAAACUGGUUGCAUAAAUGUUGCUGCCCUUAUGUGACAGCACCAAAACAAAGAGCCUUAUAUUUAUGCAGAACAUCAACACAAUCCUUUUCUCCAACAAAACCAAAUAGUUUCGAGACUGCAUCCCCAGUUUGCUUUUUAGCCUCACGGUACCAUAUGUGAAUGAUUUCAACAGAAGAAUUUUCAACAGGAAAACUGCUGAGUAAGACAAUAGCUUCCAAUAACUUCCAUUGAUGGAUCAGCUGAGUUCUUUCGAUGUCAUGAACAUGUAUGCAAUAAAUACCUAAGUGUAAAUCUGGUCU